AUGUCAUUCAGCAUCUUUAUUUCCUCACCAGAAAAUGUUGCAGGGAAGCUUGUCUUCUACCAAAUGGAGGGAAACGUUAUUUUCGUGAGAGACACGAGAGAGCUGGCAUCAGAUGUUGCCACAGAAGCGAUGUUCGAACUCCUCGAUCCCCCGAAGAAUCUGAGCUCUUCAGCGUUCACUUACAGCUGGGACUUAGGGAACGGAGACGUGAUCCACGGGACAGAACCAGUUGUUCGAUAUCAUUACUCAGAAUCGGGGAACUACACCGUGCAGCUGAAAGUCGGAGUGAAUGUGAGCAGAUCUUCACCUCCGAUCACCGGAGUCUUCUCUACAGAUGUUCAAGUCCUUGAUGCCAUCAAAAACAUUGAACUGAAGGGACCUUUGGAUUAUAAAGUGUCUCAAAACACCAGUUUGGAUUUUCACGUUGAUGGAAGUCCUCCAAUGUGGGUGUGCUGGCAUUUCCUCACAAACUGUGAGCCUGACGUGAUGGUGGGCUGCACGCUGGCCAUGCUGUAUGAGAACACGUUGCAGCUGAACCACACCUUUACCUCUGCUGGUGUCCACUGUCUGGACAUCAGUGUCCACAACGACAUCAGCAAGCUGCAGACCUCCUUCAGCCUCUAUGUCAGCAGGAACGAUCCCCCUCACCUGUUCUUCAUCCUGUCAUGUGCUGCCGUUCUUGCUAUAACUUUCUCCUUCAUUAUGGUCGCUGCCUGUCGACCUUGUCACCGAAAUCAAUCACAGGUUGCUGCUUCCUGUAACACCUUGUUCCUGAAGGGCCGACACUCUGAGGCUCAAAACAAAGUCCUUUUGAACGUUUCCACCGUGGAGAUGAUGGGAGAGAAAGAGCCGCUCAUGUCCCAGCAAGGGACCCAGUACCUCUCCUGA